AUGCAGGUCGGGGACAAGCGACUCUUUUUUGACGUCGAAGGACCAGAAUAUGUUCUGGAAGACAACAAGCUCAGACGUCUCCCAACCCUCAUUCUGUUACACGGUGCCCCGGGCAAUUCAGAUCACUCCGUCUUCAAACCCGCCUUCUCAGCUUUGCGGGAUUUAGGCCAUAUUGUCUAUCUGGACAUCUCGGGCGCUGGGCGAUCCGAUGAUCCACCGGACGAUAUUUUCACCCUGGAGCGCUGGUCUGACGAUCUGGUUGAGUUCUGCCGUUUGCUGGACAUACACAAGCCCAUAGUGCUCGGUGUAUCUGGGGGUGGAUUUAUCGCGAUGACCUACGGUAUCCGUUAUCCUGAUCAUGCCGGUGGACUGAUUCUGGCCAGCACCCAGGCAAAGCUCGAUGUCGAACGUUCAAUUGCAGAGUUCCGGCGUCUUGGUGGAGAAGAAGCUGAAGCUGCGGCGAGAGAAUUUCUAACGGUGCGCGUUGACGCGGCAAGUUCCCAGGCGUUUGGCGAGAAGUGUAUGUCGGUAUACAACACCACACCUCAGCCACCCCGAGACUCUGUCAUCUUCCGCCCGAAACUGGCCAUGGCUUUUCACUCACUGGAGGGUACCUGGCAUACCAUGGACCUGCGAGACGAUCUCGAUAAAAUCACUGCCCCUACGCUAGUACUGACAGGCGACCAGGAUCCGGUCACGCCGUUGCAGGAUUCUUUAGACAUUGUUGAUCGCCUGGCGCCAGAUGUUGUACAGCUUAAAGUGGUACCAGAUGCCGGGCACGGCCCCUGGCGCGACAAACCUGCCGAAACAUUUGCCAUUAUUGAGCAGUUUAUUCUAGCAACUCAGGAACAUCAGCUGGAUGUCGACCCGCAAAUGCCCCUGCUGUGGGCAAUCAGAGAAAACCUGCAACUCACCGGUACCAAGUUCGGCUGUGGUAUCGCUCAAUGUGGUGCGUGCACCGUUCACCUGAAUGGCACAGCCAUUCGUUCCUGUGUCACACCAGUGUCUGCAGCAGCGGGUGCUGAGAUCACCACCAUCGAAGGCAUCAGUGACGGGGAAGAACUGCACCCGGUGCAGCAGGCAUGGAUCGCUGAGCAAGUGCCGCAAUGUGGCUACUGCCAGUCAGGACAGAUCAUGUCUGCCACAGCGCUGCUGGCCACUAACCCACAACCCGAUGACGAAGCCAUCAAUCAGGCCAUGUCCGGCAACCUGUGUCGCUGCGGUAUGUACAAGCGCAUCCGCAACGCGCGGUGCAGAAUGGGUAAGUGGACACGUCGUGCGUUGAUUACUUCCGGUGUUGUUGCCGGUGGUGGACUGAUUGUUGGUGUGGCGCUGCGCCCGGGGCACCGCACACCGAAACUUGCGCAAUAUGUUGAAGGUGAAGAUGAAACCCUGGUCAGUGCCUGGGUGAAAAUCGGCAACGACAAUCAUGUCACCGCCAUCGUGCCGCACAGCGAAAUGGGUCAGGGUGCACAAACUGCGCUGACGCAGAUGCUGGCAGAUGAACUGGACGCCGACUGGCAGCAGGUCAGCUUUAUGGAAGCGCCAGCGGAAGAUGAAUAUGCCAACUGGGCGGUGGGCAAAGGUUUUCUGAUGGGUGACGCUGAACUCCCAGAAGUGCUGGUGCCCACGGUAGAUGGACUGUUUCUGCAGGCAGUGAAAGCCAUGCAUAUUCAGAUUACAGGUGGCAGUGCCAGUAUUCGCGCAACCGGUGUUUACGGCAUGCGGGUUGCGGGUGCAGCGGCGCGUGAGAUGCUGAUCAAAGCAGCGGCGAACGAGUGGCAGGUAUCGGCUUCGGAGCUCACGGUAGAGAAUUCCUACAUUGUGCAUGCUGCCAGCGGGCAGCGCGCGGAGUUUGCUCAAUUUGCAGAAGCUGCCGCAGCGAUGACGCCAUCCCACACGCCAACGCUGAAAAAUCCAAAAGAUUUCAAGAUCAUGGGCCAGAGUGUGGCGCGUCUGGAUAUUCCAGCCAAAGUGGAUGGCACGGCUCAGUUUGGCAUUGAUGCCAUCCUGCCGGGCAUGAAGCACGCGGCAAUUAUUGGUGCGCCGGUUUUUGGCGCUCAGGUGGCGAGCUUUGACGGUAGCCGUGCUAAGCAGAUGCCGGGCGUGGUUGAUGUGAUCAGCCUCGACAAUGCUGUGGCUGUGGUUGCAGAUGGGUACUGGCAGGCGAAACAGGCGCUGAAUGCGGUGCAGGUUGAGUGGUCCAAAACCGGCCACGAAAAUGUGUCCAGCGAAACGUUGUUUGCCCAGUUUGAAAAAGACCUGCAGAACGCUCGUGAAAACGGCAGUGCGGGUGAAGAUGUGGUGGUGGGUGAUACGGCUGCGGCUUUUGCCCAGGCGGAUAAAGUGGUGGAAGCCACUUAUAAGGUGCCGUUUCUCGCGCACACGACCAUGGAGCCCAUGAACGCGACGGCUCAAGUCAACGAUGGUCAGAUUGAAGUCUGGGUGGGUUCGCAGAAUCCCCUGGGUUUCCGUCAUGAGGUCGCAAACGCCCUGGGUGUUGAUUCCGCCAACGUCACAAUCCAUCAGCAUAUGAUGGGUGGCGGUUUUGGUCGUCGGGCAACCGGUGAUGUGGCGGUGCAGGCGGCGCGGCUGGCCCAGACUACUGGGGUGCCUGUGAAGCUCAUCUGGUCUCGGGAAGAAGAUGUGCGUCAUGAUAUCUACCGACCAGCUGUGGCCUCACAAUUUCGUGCAGCCCUCAGCGCGGCUGGCGACGUGCUGGCCUGGGAUAAUCUGUUCCAUGAAAAGCAUGAACCUGCAGAAGCGCCGGUGAUUCCUUAUGCGGUAGCUGCGCAGCACAUUGCCUAUACCGACAGUCCCACCCAUGUGCCCUUUGGUCCCUGGCGUAGUGUCGACCAUUCGCAACACGGCUUUUUCACCGAAGGUUUUUUUGAUGAGGUUGCACACGCAGCGGGUAAAGAUCCCUAUCUGCUGCGUCGUGAAUUGCUUGCUGGUAAACCGCGGCAUCUUGCGGUGCUGGAUCUUGCAGCGCAAAAGGCAGGCUGGGGUGAGUCAGUGCCCGCCGGCAAAGGCCGUGGUAUCUCCCUGCAGGAAUCAUUUGGCUCGCUUGUGGCUCAAGUGGUUGAUGUCAGCGUGGAUGCGGGUGUGGUCUCGGUGGAGCGCGUUGUGUGUGCUGUUGACUGCGGUUUUGCGGUUUCACCAGACGGUGUGGCUGCGCAGAUGGAGUCUGGCAUCAUCUAUGGCCUGACAGCGGCGCUGUACGGCAACAUCGAUAUUAAAGAUGGUGCUGUGGUGCAGGGCAACUUCCACGACUACAAGUCGGUGCGGAUGAAUGAAGCGCCAGAAAUUGAGACACACGUUAUUAACAGCAAUGCGCCCUGGGGUGGUGCAGGUGAGCCUGGCACACCCGGCAUUGCGCCGGCUCUGGCUGGUGCUGUUUUCCAGGCUACCGGCACCCGUGUGCGGCAACUGCCUUUGUCUAACUACGAUUUCACCUACCAGAUUGUUGAGCCUGAAGAAGUCAUCUAA